AGGAGAGAGAGACAGAAGACGCGAGGCGAGAAAAUGGCGACAGAUUUGUCAUCCGCUUGGUCGAAGCCGGGGAAGUGGGCACUUGAUUCGGAAGAACACGAAGCAGAGCUUCUCGAACGACCACAACAGCAUCAGCAGAAGGACGGCACCAACAGAGAGAACGUCCAAUUCGAUUUCCCAUCCCUGGCAGCCGCUGCCGCCACCACCAAGUCCAAGAAGAAGAAAGGCCAGGCCAUCUCUCUCGCCGAAUUCAACACCGGUAAGCCGGUCGGGCCUGGCACUGGUAAAGCGGCUCAAACCACCACCCAACUCAACCGCCUGACCACCGACCAACUUCUCAUCCUCCCCACCGGACCCCGCGAGCGUACCGCCGAAGAGCUCGAGCGCUCCCGCCAUGGCUUCCGUUCCUACGGCCUCAACGAAAGCUCCGGUCGAAACAGGUAUUCCAACGGCGACGAUUCUUCAAACUCAAAGUGGGGCUCUUCUAGGGUUUCGGAUGAGCAGCGUAGGAACGGCGGAUUUAACAGGGAUUCUGCUCCUUCUCGUGCUGAUGAGACCGAUGAUUGGGGCGCCACAAAGAAAUCUACGCCUGCUCCCUCCUCUGAGCGGAGGGAGAGAGUUGGCUUCUUCGAUUCGCAGACUAGGGCUGAUGAAUCCGACAGUUGGGUGUCCAACAAAAGCUACACACCUUCGGAAGGUCGCAGAUUUGGCGGUGGAUUUGAGAACCAUAGGGACCGGCGAGGAGGUUUCGAUAUGGGUCUGAAAGAGACAUCUAAUGGAGGAGGUGCGGAUUCAGAUACUUGGGGGAGGAGGAGGGAAGAAGGGAUUGGAGAUGGAAUCGGAAGUGGAAGGCGGAGACUUGUUUUGCAGCCUCGUACUUUGCCAGUGAAUAAUGAAGAUCAGCAGCAACAGGAGCAGCUGGGGUCUGGGUCGACCACGAUGAGAAGUAAAGGGUCCAACCCAUUUGGAGCAGCGCGGCCAAGAGAGGAGGUUUUGGCGGAGAAAGGACAAGAUUGGAAGAAGAUUGAUGAACAGCUUGAGUCAAUGAAACUUAAGGAGAUGGGUUCUGGGGCUCAUGACGGCGCAUCAUUGAGAAAGAAGAGUUUGGGAAGUGAUAAUGGAAGUGAUAAUGAGAGAAGUUGGAGGAAGACAGAUGGAGUUGAUAUCCCUACCCAAAGUGCUGGGAAAACCGACGUGGAGGGAGGAGUGGUGAAAACCGACGAGGAGGGAGGAGUGGCACAAGAAUAA